CUCCUUGUCAGCGGCACCGUCCUAGACCUGUUCUUCUUACCGCAUUCCCCCAGCCUGCCAGCACUUGCAAGGAGCAGACAUGGGGGCCUGCCCACCCAAGGCCCUGGGACCCUGGGUUCAACUCCAGAAGCUUCUGACCUCCUGGCUGACUGGAGAACAAGACUGGGAAUGGAAUCGUGACCAGGUCAAUAUGCUACAACAGAAGAGGAUCCGAGACUCCCCAUUGCUUCAAGCAGCCAAGGAAAAUGAUCUGGUUCUCCUUAAGAUACUUCUAGUGAACCAAUCCUGUGACUUUCUACAAAGAGGAGCUGUGGGGGAGACGGCGCUCCAUGUUGCAGCCCUCUAUGACAACAUGGAGGCUGCCAUGAUGGUGAUGAAGGCUGCCCCAGAGCUGGCCAAGGAACCGGCCCUGAAUGAGCCAUUUGUAGGUCAGACUGCACUGCACAUCGCUGUCAUGAACCAGAACCUGAACCUGGUGCGUGCUCUGCUUGCGCGUGGGGCCUCUGUCUCUGCCAGAGCGACAGGUGCUGCCUUCCGCCGCAGUCCCCACAACCUCAUCUACUAUGGGGAGCACCCUUUGUCCUUUGCUGCCUGUGUGGGCAAUGAGGAGAUCGUGAGGCUGCUCAUUGAACAUGGAGCUGACAUCCGGGCCCAGGAUUCCCUGGGAAACACAGUGCUACACAUCCUCAUCCUGCAACCCAACAAGACCUUUGCCUGCCAGAUGUACAACCUGCUGCUGUCCUAUGAUGAGCACAACGAUGACCCGCAGUCCCUGGAAUUUGUGCCCAAUCAUGAGGGCCUCACGCCCUUCAAGCUGGCAGGGGUGGAGGGCAACACUGUGAUGUUCCAGCACCUAAUGCAGAAGCGGAAGCACAUCCAGUGGGCAUAUGGGCCACUGACCUCCACACUGUACGACCUCACAGAGAUCGACUCCUGGGGAGAGGAGCUGUCCUUUCUAGAGCUUGUGGUGUCUUCCAAAAAGCGAGAGGCUCGACAGAUCCUAGAGCAGACCCCAGUGAAGGAACUGGUAAGCUUCAAGUGGGAGAAAUAUGGAAAGCCUUACUUCUGCAUCCUGGCUGCCUUGUACAUUCUGUACAUGAUCUGCUUCACCACGUGCUGCAUCUACCGUCCCCUCAAGUUGCGUGAUGGCAACCGCACAGAUCCUCGAGACAUCACCAUCCUCCAGCAGAAACUGCUACAGGAGGCCUAUGUGACUCACCAAGAUAACAUUCGGCUCGUGGGAGAGCUGGUGACUGUUACUGGAGCUGUGAUCAUUCUACUCCUAGAGAUCCCAGAUAUUUUCAGGGUUGGUGCCUCUCGAUAUUUUGGACAGACAAUUCUUGGGGGGCCCUUCCAUGUCAUCAUCAUCACCUAUGCCUCCCUUAUAUUACUGACCAUGGCGAUGCGGCUCACCAACAUGAAUGGGGAGGUGGUACCCUUAUCCUUGGCCCUGGUGCUGGGUUGGUGCAGUGUCAUGUACUUUGCUCGAGGAUUCCAGAUGCUGGGCCCCUUCACUAUCAUGAUCCAGAAGAUGGUUUUUGGAGACUUACUGCGUUUCUGCUGGCUAAUGGCUGUUGUCAUCUUGGGGUUUGCAACAGCAUUCCAUAUCAUUUUCCAGACAGAGGACCCUAGCAAUCUGGGGGAAUUCUCUGACUAUCCCACGGCACUGUUCAGCACCUUUGAACUGUUCCUCACCAUCAUUGAUGGCCCUGCCAACUAUGACGUGGAUCUGCCCUUCAUGUACUGCAUCACCUAUGCCGCCUUCGCCAUCAUUGCCACGCUGCUCAUGGUCAACCUGUUGAUUGCUAUGAUGGGGGACACACAUUGGCGAGUGGCCCAAGAACGGGAUGAACUCUGGAGGGCCCAGGUGGUGGCCACCACGGUGAUGUUGGAGAGGAAGAUGCCUCGCUUCCUGUGGCCUCGCUCUGGGGUCUGUGGAUACGAGUAUGGCCUAGGAGACUGCUGGUUCCUGCGGGUUGAGAGCUACAAUGACCAGAAUCCUCUGCGAGUUCUUCGCUAUGUAGAAGCAUUCAAGCCUUCAGACAAGGAGGAUGGACAAGAACAACUUCCUGCAAAGCGGCCUUCUAUGGCUGAGAGCUGGAUUCUAGGCAGAGCCUCUACAGCCUUCCAAACUCCCUCCCUCUCUCGGACCACAUCCCAGAGCAGCAACAGUCACCGGGGCUGGGAGAUUCUUCGCCGAAACACCUUGGGACACUUAAAUCUUGGACUGGAUCUUAAUGAAGGGGAUGGAGAGGAGGUCUACCAUUUCUAAUUGGGAUCCCUGAUACUCUUGACCUGACUCCUACCAGACUGGAGGUGAGGCGCAGAAGAUCUGCCUUUGAAAA